AUGCCCCUCGGUUUCGAGCGCAUCAACGAACGCACCCAGCGCCCGAAUGCCCACAUCAAUUUCAUUCGGCCGCUGCCCGGUGCGACCGCAAAGACCGCCGAAGAGAUCCUCAACCGCGUCGCUGCCAUCUGCUAUCCCUUCAUGAAAUCGAACACGAUCCUCGUCCAAGCCCUCGAAGAGUUUCCUUUCAACCGAGAGUUCGUCGGUCGCAACUUCAAUGCUGGCGAAGUCAUACAACUUGUACUACGAGAUAGAAACGGCAUGUGGCUUCCACAGAGAAUGAUAGAGAUGGUUAUGGUCCACGAGCUUGCACAUUGCAAGCAGAUGAACCAUUCUCCCUCAUUCUGGAAGGUUAGGAACGCCUAUGCUGACGAGCUGAGAGCUCUAUGGACCAAGGGAUAUACCGGCGAGGGCUUGUGGGGACGCGGCAGAGAUCUGGACACCGGCGCGUUCCAGCAGGAAGGCGGAGACCCUGGGGAUAUGCCGGAACACAUCUGUGGCGGAACAUACGGCCGACGGUCCUCUAGGAAGAGGCGAAGGGGCCGCAAAGUCAAUGAGAAUCUCACCUAUGCGGAGCGUAAGCAGCGCCGGAUUCUGAGGAAGUUUGGCGCAGGCGGUCAGUCACUGGGAUCAGAUGAGGACACUAAGGUAAAGCUCGAAGGAGGCGUCGCGAAGAAGGGCAAGCCUAGAGUGGCGGGUAGCGCCCGAGGUCGAGAAUUACGGGCAGCAGCAGCACUGGCGCGUUUCGAUACACCAAAGAAAGAGCAGAUUGAGGUAAAGAAGGAAGAGACAUCCUCAGACAGCGAAACAGAAGACGAGGACACCAAUUCACUUGACGGAGAGGCAGCCAUCGACGUGGACGGCAAGAAGAUGACCGACGAGAAGGGCCGUGCGCUUGUGAAGAUUUGUGAAGACGAAGACACGAAAGAUGGCAAUGCACAGCGGGAGAUGGACGAGCUGCAAGCCGAAGCCAAAGUCAAGCAUGCCUGCAAGGUCGUCACUUACGAAGGCGAAGGCUUCUCAAUCCUCCGCCCGGUCCCCAGAAUCCGCGAAAUCGUUGCCCGCCAAAUCGAAAUCGAUCUCAAGCAGCACUCCAUCCGCAAAACCGUCCGCUCAAGUUAUCCACAUCGACGAAAUAUAUAA